AUGUCAGUGCCCGAGUAUCUGCAGCAUGUCACCACGGAGGGCGGGGGAGCCCUCAGGUCGGGCAAGAGGAAGCUGCUGCUCGAGGGGUUCGUGCGCGCGUACAAGAAGUCCCCUCAUUACAAGAACAUCCUCCGUGUCACAAGCCACCCCACGCCUCUCCUCCUCCUCUGGAUCUCCGGGCCGGCAUGCCACGUCCUUUCCCGAAUCCGCUGCGCGAUCGCUGACGUGGCACCUGACGCCCCGUCAACAGACGCCAGCGCUCCAGACGCCGCCACGUCAGCGUCAAACGGCGAGAGGAACGGAGAGCAGCAGCAGGGCUCUGCGGCAGCAAGCAGCGGAGCAGCAGAGAACGCGGCGGGGGAAGCAAAAGGAUGGGGAGUGUCAUCUUACCAAGCAGUAGUGGUGACAGAGUCGCGUGUGGUGUUCGAUGAGGAAGGGGGGGGAGGAGGAGCGGCGUCAGGCCAAGGUGAUGGAAACGGAGGGCCGGUGUGUGUGGGGGAUGUGGUGGUGGCGGUGACGGUGGGCGAUCGAGGUGAGAUGGAGUAUGCAAAGUAUGCGGGGGGGGAUGUGCCUGUAGAGGAGAUUAUGGAGAUGCUGGAGGAAGUGCGGGACAGCUCCACGUGGCUGCAUCUGGAGCUGCAGCGACCGCUCCUUAUAGUCACACAGCCGAACACCACAGCGACACAAGAAGAGCCCAGCCAGGAAGCAGUAACCCAAGGCGGCAGCAGCAGUGACGCCAAGGGGGAAGAAGCGGAGCAGCUGAUAGGCGGGCAGCAGCACCAACCAGGCACCCAGCAACAUGGAGGCACAGGCGGGCUGUGCUGCACGAGCAGGAGCGGCGCGUUCAUCCAGCUGCAGGGGAAGGGCGCUGCACAGGCACUUAAAGCCAUGAACCUGUCGGCUGCAGCGGCGGCGUCGCGCGCUGCGGUGAUGGCGGGGCUGUGGGGGGGCGAGAACAAGGAGCUGCUGCGGAAGGAGUUGAUUCUAGACAUGUGGCCCGAGUUCAAGCUGCUGCUGCGGCGCCAGUUGCAAGUCAAUCUGCGCAACUGGAGCUUCAUUGCUGCUCGCCUGCUGCUGGUCACACUGCUGGGCCUCUUUGUUGGCUUCGACUUUUUCCAGCUGCCAGCAGAGCCGCCCUCCUUCGCGCAUCUGAACCUGCGGAGGGGCGUGAUGCAGAUAUCACUCAUCACCAUGACGGUGAACAACGUCAGCUUGCUGCCGGGCUACAUGCUGGAGCGCCAGGUGUACUUCAAGCACCGCAGCGCACGCUUCUUCCGCACGCGCUCCUACGCUCUCGCCCAGCUCAUCGCCAGUUUACCUCUCUCCAUUGUCGAGGUGCGUGGGGCUCAUUUUGAGGAGGCUCAGAAUGUGAGGGGUGGAGUGGAUCUUGAGAUGGAGGCGACCAUCUGGUCAGUGCUGGUGUAUUUCCUCUCGGGCCUGACUCUCUCCGACUACGGAGCGCACUUCUUCAUUUUGCGCCUCUUGGUGCUCUCCCUCGUGGCCAUCCACGGCGCAGCCAUGAUCCGCUUCAUCGCCUUCACCUCCCGCACCCUCCGCUCCGCCGCCUUCGCCGCAGCCAUCUUCAUGGGCCCAGGCAUGUUCCUCUUUGGCCACAUCCUUGUAGCGAAGGCGCUUAUACCGAAUUUCUGGAUCUGGCUAUACUGGAUCAACCCCAUGCAGUGGGCGUCGACCGUCCUUGCAAUCAACGAGCAACGGCAAUACGUCCCCGUGCAGUUCUGCCCGGCUCCUGCGCUCGUCCCGAAAAGCAUGCCGUACUGUGUGGGGCGCGAAGGGUGGCCUAUCGGCCGGGCCUACAUGGAAGUGUACAGCUGGAACUACGAGUGGGGGUAUUUGAUCGCGGGGCCGUUUGUCAUCCUCGCGUGGAUCGCCAUCUGGACGGUGGGGACGUUUCUGAGCAUGCGGCCGCAGCACUACAGCAGAUUCGCUGCGCCUGUGCGGGUGCUCUCAGAGGCCAAGCGCGGGGCCAAGCGGGCUGGCGCGAGGGAGGAGGGGAAGAGGGAGGGGAGUGGGGGAGGAGGAGCAACUGGGGGAGCAGCAGCGAGGGCUCUGGGGGCAGUUACGGCUGUCAUCGAGGGGUCAUGGCAUGGGAGGGGCAGUGGGAAGGAGGGAGCAGCAGCGGGCGGAGGAGAGGGUGGUUCCCAGAAGGAGUGUGCAAGAGCAGAGGAGAAGGGAGGGACGGGAAGCCACGCGAACUACAGAGACGUGGAGUGGGGUCCGGGACCACCAGAGAGCGCCUGGGGGAAGUCGUCGGUGGGCGCUGGUGGGGAGGCGAGGAGGAGGAGUGAGGCCAGCCGGUGCCUGGUGCGGGGGGUGACUGGGUGGGUGAAACCGGGGGAGGUGACAGCUGUGGCGGGCGGCAGGGGCACCGGCAAGACCACUCUGCUCAACUGCCUCGCAGGUCGCAAGAUACCCGGCCAGGUGAAUGGCCGACUGCUGGUGAACGGCAAGCCGAGGGACCUGCCAUCGUUCCUGCGCACCACAGCAUACAUCCAAGGGGCCGACCUCUACUACCCCUCUGCUCACCCUGCGGGAGAGCCUGCUUUCAAGGGCGGCAUUGCGGACAGUCUGGUGCAGGAUAUUCUGGCGGACGGCGUGGGGUCGGCUUAUGUGGAGAAGAGGAUUGUUGUUGCCAUGGAGAUGGCUGGGAACCCGAGCGUCGUGUUCUUUGACAUGCCGUUCCUGCGCAUGGACACCACUGAAGUGGCCAAGUUCUCCGGCAUGCUCAAGAUGCAUGCUCAAGGUGAUGAGAUGCAUGCUCAAGGUGAUGAGAUGCAUGCUCAAGGUGAGAUGAGAUGCAUGCUCAAGAGAUCUGAUGCUGUUCAAUUGUGUCAAUUCAUCACACCAUGUCCACUUGUUCCCCCCCGUCCCAUGCUCUUGUCUCCCUUCCUCCAACAGCACGUGGCAGCGGCAGCGAUGGUGGUGGUGUCGAACGCGGUUACGGCCUUCCAUCUGAACGCCUUCCACUCUCUGCUCAUGAUGGGCAGCGGAGGCGACAUGGGGCGGGGGCAUGGUGUGCUUUUGGCCCGCUGGGAGGAAUGGCAACGUGCUCGUGGCGAGCCGCUGCUCCUGAUGCCGGCGCUGCCGCCGGUGACGGUGAAGUUGCCGAGCCCGUGGCGCAAGCUGAUGGCGGUGCAGUACAGCAUCCAGCUCUUCUACUGGCGCAACACGUCGCACUCCCUCAACCGCAUCAUCCAGUCCUCCAUCCUUGGGCUCCUCAUCGGCUCGCUCUUUUUCCAAUACCCCGUGCACAACCUGCUGCAGUGGUGCAUCUGCUCACUCGUUUCCACUCCCUCCUCUUCCGCCCUGCACACCCCUGCAGUGCAGGCCACCACAGCACAGGCAUUCCCCUUGGCAGUGCUCAUCUGCUCGUUCCCCCUUUGCAGUGCUCAUCUGCUCGUUCCCCCUUUGCAGUGCUCAUCUGCUCGUUCCCCCUUUGCAGUGCUCAUCUGCUCGUUCCCCCUUUGCAGUGCUCAUCUGCUCGUUCCCCCUUUGCAGUGCUCAUCUGCUCGUUCCCCCUUUGCAGUGCUCAUCUGCUCGUUCCCCCUUUGCAGUGCUCAUCUGCUCGUUCCCCCUUUGCAGUGCUCAUCUGCUCGUUCCCCCUUUGCAGUGCUCAUCUGCUCGUUCCCCCUUUGCAGUGCUCAUCUGCUCGUUCCCCCUUUGCAGUGCUCAUCUGCUCGUUCCCCCUUUGCAGUGCUCAUCUGCUCGUUCCCCCUUUGCAGUGCUCAUCUGCUCGUUCCCCCUUUGCAGUGCUCAUCUGCUCGUUCCCCCUUUGCAGUGCUCAUCUGCUCGUUCCCCCUUUGCAGUGCUCAUCUGCAGCGUUCCCCCUUUGCAGUGCUCAUCUGCUCGUUCCCCCUUUGCAGUGCUCAUCUGCUCGUUCCCCCUUUGCAGUGCUCAUCUGCUCGUUCCCCCUUUGCAGUGCUCAUCUGCUCGUUCCCCCUUUGCAGUGCUCAUCUGCUCGUUCCCCCUUUGCAGUGCUCAUCUGCUCGUUCCCCCUUUGCAGUGCUCAUCUGCUCGUUCCCCCUUUGCAGUGCUCAUCUGCUCGUUCCCCCUUUGCAGUGCUCAUCUGCUCGUUCCCCCUUUGCAGUGCUCAUCUGCUCGUUCCCCCUUUGCAGUGCUCAUCUGCUCGUUCCCCCUUUGCAGUGCUCAUCUGCUCGUUCCCCCUUUGCAGUGCUCAUCUGCUCGUUCCCCCUUUGCAGUGCUCAUCUGCUCGUUCCCCCUUUGCAGUGCUCAUCUGCUCGUUCCCCCUUUGCAGUGCUCAUCUGCUCGUUCCCCCUUUGCAGUGCUCAUCUGCUCGUUCCCCCUUUGCAGUGCUCAUCUGCUCGUUCCCCCUUUGCAGUGCUCAUCUGCUCGUUCCCCCUUUGCAGUGCUCAUCUGCUCGUUCCCCCUUUGCAGUGCUCAUCUGCUCGUUCCCCCUUUGCAGUGCUCAUCUGCUCGUUCCCCCUUUGCAGUGCUCAUCUGCUCGUUCCCCCUUUGCAGUGCUCAUCUGCUCGUUCCCCCUUUGCAGUGCUCAUCUGCUCGUUCCCCCUUUGCAGUGCUCAUCUGCUCGUUCCCCCUUUGCAGUGCUCAUCUGCUCGUUCCCCCUUUGCAGUGCUCAUCUGCUCGUUCCCCCUUUGCAGUGCUCAUCUGCUCGUUCCCCCUUUGCAGUGCUCAUCUGCUCGUUCCCCCUUUGCAGUGCUCAUCUGCUCGUUCCCCCUUUGCAGUGCUCAUCUGCUCGUUCCCCCUUUGCAGUGCUCAUCUGCUCGUUCCCCCUUUGCAGUGCUCAUCUGCUCGUUCCCCCUUUGCAGUGCUCAUCUGCUCGUUCCCCCUUUGCAGUGCUCAUCUGCUCGUUCCCCCUUUGCAGUGCUCAUCUGCUCGUUCCCCCUUUGCAGUGCUCAUCUGCUCGUUCCCCCUUUGCAGUGCUCAUCUGCUCGUUCCCCCUUUGCAGUGCUCAUCUGCUCGUUCCCCCUUUGCAGUGCUCAUCUGCUCGUUCCCCCUUUGCAGUGCUCAUCUGCUCGUUCCCCCUUUGCAGUGCUCAUCUGCUCGUUCCCCCUUUGCAGUGCUCAUCUGCUCGUUCCCCCUUUGCAGUGCUCAUCUGCUCGUUCCCCCUUUGCAGUGCUCAUCUGCUCGUUCCCCCUUUGCAGUGCUCAUCUGCUCGUUCCCCCUUUGCAGUGCUCAUCUGCUCGUUCCCCCUUUGCAGUGCUCAUCUGCUCGUUCCCCCUUUGCAGUGCUCAUCUGCUCGUUCCCCCUUUGCAGUGCUCAUCUGCUCGUUCCCCCUUUGCAGUGCUCAUCUGCUCGUUCCCCCUUUGCAGUGCUCAUCUGCUCGUUCCCCCUUUGCAGUGCUCAUCUGCUCGUUCCCCCUUUGCAGUGCUCAUCUGCUCGUUCCCCCUUUGCAGUGCUCAUCUGCUCGUUCCCCCUUUGCAGUGCUCAUCUGCUCGUUCCCCCUUUGCAGUGCUCAUCUGCUCGUUCCCCCUUUGCAGUGCUCAUCUGCUCGUUCCCCCUUUGCAGUGCUCAUCUGCUCGUUCCCCCUUUGCAGUGCUCAUCUGCUCGUUCCCCCUUUGCAGUGCUCAUCUGCUCGUUCCCCCUUUGCAGUGCUCAUCUGCUCGUUCCCCCUUUGCAGUGCUCAUCUGCUCGUUCCCCCUUUGCAGUGCUCAUCUGCUCGUUCCCCCUUUGCAGUGCUCAUCUGCUCGUUCCCCCUUUGCAGUGCUCAUCUGCUCGUUCCCCCUUUGCAGUGCUCAUCUGCUCGUUCCCCCUUUGCAGUGCUCAUCUGCUCGUUCCCCCUUUGCAGUGCUCAUCUGCUCGUUCCCCCUUUGCAGUGCUCAUCUGCUCGUUCCCCCUUUGCAGUGCUCAUCUGCUCGUUCCCCCUUUGCAGUGCUCAUCUGCUCGUUCCCCCUUUGCAGUGCUCAUCUGCUCGUUCCCCCUUUGCAGUGCUCAUCUGCUCGUUCCCCCUUUGCAGUGCUCAUCUGCUCGUUCCCCCUUUGCAGUGCUCAUCUGCUCGUUCCCCCUUUGCAGUGCUCAUCUGCUCGUUCCCCCUUUGCAGUGCUCAUCUGCUCGUUCCCCCUUUGCAGUGCUCAUCUGCUCGUUCCCCCUUUGCAGUGCUCAUCUGCUCGUUCCCCCUUUGCAGUGCUCAUCUGCUCGUUCCCCCUUUGCAGUGCUCAUCUGCUCGUUCCCCCUUUGCAGUGCUCAUCUGCUCGUUCCCCCUUUGCAGUGCUCAUCUGCUCGUUCCCCCUUUGCAGUGCUCAUCUGCUCGUUCCCCCUUUGCAGUGCUCAUCUGCUCGUUCCCCCUUUGCAGUGCUCAUCUGCUCGUUCCCCCUUUGCAGUGCUCAUCUGCUCGUUCCCCCUUUGCAGUGCUCAUCUGCUCGUUCCCCCUUUGCAGUGCUCAUCUGCUCGUUCCCCCUUUGCAGUGCUCAUCUGCUCGUUCCCCCUUUGCAGUGCUCAUCUGCUCGUUCCCCCUUUGCAGUGCUCAUCUGCUCGUUCCCCCUUUGCAGUGCUCAUCUGCUCGUUCCCCCUUUGCAGUGCUCAUCUGCUCGUUCCCCCUUUGCAGUGCUCAUCUGCUCGUUCCCCCUUUGCAGUGCUCAUCUGCUCGUUCCCCCUUUGCAGUGCUCAUCUGCUCGUUCCCCCUUUGCAGUGCUCAUCUGCUCGUUCCCCCUUUGCAGUGCUCAUCUGCUCGUUCCCCCUUUGCAGUGCUCAUCUGCUCGUUCCCCCUUUGCAGUGCUCAUCUGCUCGUUCCCCCUUUGCAGUGCUCAUCUGCUCGUUCCCCCUUUGCAGUGCUCAUCUGCUCGUUCCCCCUUUGCAGUGCUCAUCUGCUCGUUCCCCCUUUGCAGUGCUCAUCUGCUCGUUCCCCCUUUGCAGUGCUCAUCUGCUCGUUCCCCCUUUGCAGUGCUCAUCUGCUCGUUCCCCCUUUGCAGUGCUCAUCUGCUCGUUCCCCCUUUGCAGUGCUCAUCUGCUCGUUCCCCCUUUGCAGUGCUCAUCUGCUCGUUCCCCCUUUGCAGUGCUCAUCUGCUCGUUCCCCCUUUGCAGUGCUCAUCUGCUCGUUCCCCCUUUGCAGUGCUCAUCUGCUCGUUCCCCCUUUGCAGUGCUCAUCUGCUCGUUCCCCCUUUGCAGUGCUCAUCUGCUCGUUCCCCCUUUGCAGUGCUCAUCUGCUCGUUCCCCCUUUGCAGUGCUCAUCUGCUCGUUCCCCCUUUGCAGUGCUCAUCUGCUCGUUCCCCCUUUGCAGUGCUCAUCUGCUCGUUCCCCCUUUGCAGUGCUCAUCUGCUCGUUCCCCCUUUGCAGUGCUCAUCUGCUCGUUCCCCCUUUGCAGUGCUCAUCUGCUCGUUCCCCCUUUGCAGUGCUCAUCUGCUCGUUCCCCCUUUGCAGUGCUCAUCUGCUCGUUCCCCCUUUGCAGUGCUCAUCUGCUCGUUCCCCCUUUGCAGUGCUCAUCUGCUCGUUCCCCCUUUGCAGUGCUCAUCUGCUCGUUCCCCCUUUGCAGUGCUCAUCUGCUCGUUCCCCCUUUGCAGUGCUCAUCUGCUCGUUCCCCCUUUGCAGUGCUCAUCUGCUCGUUCCCCCUUUGCAGUGCUCAUCUGCUCGUUCCCCCUUUGCAGUGCUCAUCUGCUCGUUCCCCCUUUGCAGUGCUCAUCUGCUCGUUCCCCCUUUGCAGUGCUCAUCUGCUCGUUCCCCCUUUGCAGUGCUCAUCUGCUCGUUCCCCCUUUGCAGUGCUCAUCUGCUCGUUCCCCCUUUGCAGUGCUCAUCUGCUCGUUCCCCCUUUGCAGUGCUCAUCUGCUCGUUCCCCCUUUGCAGUGCUCAUCUGCUCGUUCCCCCUUUGCAGUGCUCAUCUGCUCGUUCCCCCUUUGCAGUGCUCAUCUGCUCGUUCCCCCUUUGCAGUGCUCAUCUGCUCGUUCCCCCUUUGCAGUGCUCAUCUGCUCGUUCCCCCUUUGCAGUGCUCAUCUGCUCGUUCCCCCUUUGCAGUGCUCAUCUGCUCGUUCCCCCUUUGCAGUGCUCAUCUGCUCGUUCCCCCUUUGCAGUGCUCAUCUGCUCGUUCCCCCUUUGCAGUGCUCAUCUGCUCGUUCCCCCUUUGCAGUGCUCAUCUGCUCGUUCCCCCUUUGCAGUGCUCAUCUGCUCGUUCCCCCUUUGCAGUGCUCAUCUGCUCGUUCCCCCUUUGCAGUGCUCAUCUGCUCGUUCCCCCUUUGCAGUGCUCAUCUGCUCGUUCCCCCUUUGCAGUGCUCAUCUGCUCGUUCCCCCUUUGCAGUGCUCAUCUGCUCGUUCCCCCUUUGCAGUGCUCAUCUGCUCGUUCCCCCUUUGCAGUGCUCAUCUGCUCGUUCCCCCUUUGCAGUGCUCAUCUGCUCGUUCCCCCUUUGCAGUGCUCAUCUGCUCGUUCCCCCUUUGCAGUGCUCAUCUGCUCGUUCCCCCUUUGCAGUGCUCAUCUGCUCGUUCCCCCUUUGCAGUGCUCAUCUGCUCGUUCCCCCUUUGCAGUGCUCAUCUGCUCGUUCCCCCUUUGCAGUGCUCAUCUGCUCGUUCCCCCUUUGCAGUGCUCAUCUGCUCGUUCCCCCUUUGCAGUGCUCAUCUGCUCGUUCCCCCUUUGCAGUGCUCAUCUGCUCGUUCCCCCUUUGCAGUGCUCAUCUGCUCGUUCCCCCUUUGCAGUGCUCAUCUGCUCGUUCCCCCUUUGCAGUGCUCAUCUGCUCGUUCCCCCUUUGCAGUGCUCAUCUGCUCGUUCCCCCUUUGCAGUGCUCAUCUGCUCGUUCCCCCUUUGCAGUGCUCAUCUGCUCGUUCCCCCUUUGCAGUGCUCAUCUGCUCGUUCCCCCUUUGCAGUGCUCAUCUGCUCGUUCCCCCUUUGCAGUGCUCAUCUGCUCGUUCCCCCUUUGCAGUGCUCAUCUGCUCGUUCCCCCUUUGCAGUGCUCAUCUGCUCGUUCCCCCUUUGCAGUGCUCAUCUGCUCGUUCCCCCUUUGCAGUGCUCAUCUGCUCGUUCCCCCUUUGCAGUGCUCAUCUGCUCGUUCCCCCUUUGCAGUGCUCAUCUGCUCGUUCCCCCUUUGCAGUGCUCAUCUGCUCGUUCCCCCUUUGCAGUGCUCAUCUGCUCGUUCCCCCUUUGCAGUGCUCAUCUGCUCGUUCCCCCUUUGCAGUGCUCAUCUGCUCGUUCCCCCUUUGCAGUGCUCAUCUGCUCGUUCCCCCUUUGCAGUGCUCAUCUGCUCGUUCCCCCUUUGCAGUGCUCAUCUGCUCGUUCCCCCUUUGCAGUGCUCAUCUGCUCGUUCCCCCUUUGCAGUGCUCAUCUGCUCGUUCCCCCUUUGCAGUGCUCAUCUGCUCGUUCCCCCUUUGCAGUGCUCAUCUGCUCGUUCCCCCUUUGCAGUGCUCAUCUGCUCGUUCCCCCUUUGCAGUGCUCAUCUGCUCGUUCCCCCUUUGCAGUGCUCAUCUGCUCGUUCCCCCUUUGCAGUGCUCAUCUGCUCGUUCCCCCUUUGCAGUGCUCAUCUGCUCGUUCCCCCUUUGCAGUGCUCAUCUGCUCGUUCCCCCUUUGCAGUGCUCAUCUGCUCGUUCCCCCUUUGCAGUGCUCAUCUGCUCGUUCCCCCUUUGCAGUGCUCAUCUGCUCGUUCCCCCUUUGCAGUGCUCAUCUGCUCGUUCCCCCUUUGCAGUGCUCAUCUGCUCGUUCCCCCUUUGCAGUGCUCAUCUGCUCGUUCCCCCUUUGCAGUGCUCAUCUGCUCGUUCCCCCUUUGCAGUGCUCAUCUGCUCGUUCCCCCUUUGCAGUGCUCAUCUGCUCGUUCCCCCUUUGCAGUGCUCAUCUGCUCGUUCCCCCUUUGCAGUGCUCAUCUGCUCGUUCCCCCUUUGCAGUGCUCAUCUGCUCGUUCCCCCUUUGCAGUGCUCAUCUGCUCGUUCCCCCUUUGCAGUGCUCAUCUGCUCGUUCCCCCUUUGCAGUGCUCAUCUGCUCGUUCCCCCUUUGCAGUGCUCAUCUGCUCGUUCCCCCUUUGCAGUGCUCAUCUGCUCGUUCCCCCUUUGCAGUGCUCAUCUGCUCGUUCCCCCUUUGCAGUGCUCAUCUGCUCGUUCCCCCUUUGCAGUGCUCAUCUGCUCGUUCCCCCUUUGCAGUGCUCAUCUGCUCGUUCCCCCUUUGCAGUGCUCAUCUGCUCGUUCCCCCUUUGCAGUGCUCAUCUGCUCGUUCCCCCUUUGCAGUGCUCAUCUGCUCGUUCCCCCUUUGCAGUGCUCAUCUGCUCGUUCCCCCUUUGCAGUGCUCAUCUGCUCGUUCCCCCUUUGCAGUGCUCAUCUGCUCGUUCCCCCUUUGCAGUGCUCAUCUGCUCGUUCCCCCUUUGCAGUGCUCAUCUGCUCGUUCCCCCUUUGCAGUGCUCAUCUGCUCGUUCCCCCUUUGCAGUGCUCAUCUGCUCGUUCCCCCUUUGCAGUGCUCAUCUGCUCGUUCCCCCUUUGCAGUGCUCAUCUGCUCGUUCCCCCUUUGCAGUGCUCAUCUGCUCGUUCCCCCUUUGCAGUGCUCAUCUGCUCGUUCCCCCUUUGCAGUGCUCAUCUGCUCGUUCCCCCUUUGCAGUGCUCAUCUGCUCGUUCCCCCUUUGCAGUGCUCAUCUGCUCGUUCCCCCUUUGCAGUGCUCAUCUGCUCGUUCCCCCUUUGCAGUGCUCAUCUGCUCGUUCCCCCUUUGCAGUGCUCAUCUGCUCGUUCCCCCUUUGCAGUGCUCAUCUGCUCGUUCCCCCUUUGCAGUGCUCAUCUGCUCGUUCCCCCUUUGCAGUGCUCAUCUGCUCGUUCCCCCUUUGCAGUGCUCAUCUGCUCGUUCCCCCUUUGCAGUGCUCAUCUGCUCGUUCCCCCUUUGCAGUGCUCAUCUGCUCGUUCCCCCUUUGCAGUGCUCAUCUGCUCGUUCCCCCUUUGCAGUGCUCAUCUGCUCGUUCCCCCUUUGCAGUGCUCAUCUGCUCGUUCCCCCUUUGCAGUGCUCAUCUGCUCGUUCCCCCUUUGCAGUGCUCAUCUGCUCGUUCCCCCUUUGCAGUGCUCAUCUGCUCGUUCCCCCUUUGCAGUGCUCAUCUGCUCGUUCCCCCUUUGCAGUGCUCAUCUGCUCGUUCCCCCUUUGCAGUGCUCAUCUGCUCGUUCCCCCUUUGCAGUGCUCAUCUGCUCGUUCCCCCUUUGCAGUGCUCAUCUGCUCGUUCCCCCUUUGCAGUGCUCAUCUGCUCGUUCCCCCUUUGCAGUGCUCAUCUGCUCGUUCCCCCUUUGCAGUGCUCAUCUGCUCGUUCCCCCUUUGCAGUGCUCAUCUGCUCGUUCCCCCUUUGCAGUGCUCAUCUGCUCGUUCCCCCUUUGCAGUGCUCAUCUGCUCGUUCCCCCUUUGCAGUGCUCAUCUGCUCGUUCCCCCUUUGCAGUGCUCAUCUGCUCGUUCCCCCUUUGCAGUGCUCAUCUGCUCGUUCCCCCUUUGCAGUGCUCAUCUGCUCGUUCCCCCUUUGCAGUGCUCAUCUGCUCGUUCCCCCUUUGCAGUGCUCAUCUGCUCGUUCCCCCUUUGCAGUGCUCAUCUGCUCGUUCCCCCUUUGCAGUGCUCAUCUGCUCGUUCCCCCUUUGCAGUGCUCAUCUGCUCGUUCCCCCUUUGCAGUGCUCAUCUGCUCGUUCCCCCUUUGCAGUGCUCAUCUGCUCGUUCCCCCUUUGCAGUGCUCAUCUGCUCGUUCCCCCUUUGCAGUGCUCAUCUGCUCGUUCCCCCUUUGCAGUGCUCAUCUGCUCGUUCCCCCUUUGCAGUGCUCAUCUGCUCGUUCCCCCUUUGCAGUGCUCAUCUGCUCGUUCCCCCUUUGCAGUGCUCAUCUGCUCGUUCCCCCUUUGCAGUGCUCAUCUGCUCGUUCCCCCUUUGCAGUGCUCAUCUGCUCGUUCCCCCUUUGCAGUGCUCAUCUGCUCGUUCCCCCUUUGCAGUGCUCAUCUGCUCGUUCCCCCUUUGCAGUGCUCAUCUGCUCGUUCCCCCUUUGCAGUGCUCAUCUGCUCGUUCCCCCUUUGCAGUGCUCAUCUGCUCGUUCCCCCUUUGCAGUGCUCAUCUGCUCGUUCCCCCUUUGCAGUGCUCAUCUGCUCGUUCCCCCUUUGCAGUGCUCAUCUGCUCGUUCCCCCUUUGCAGUGCUCAUCUGCUCGUUCCCCCUUUGCAGUGCUCAUCUGCUCGUUCCCCCUUUGCAGUGCUCAUCUGCUCGUUCCCCCUUUGCAGUGCUCAUCUGCUCGUUCCCCCUUUGCAGUGCUCAUCUGCUCGUUCCCCCUUUGCAGUGCUCAUCUGCUCGUUCCCCCUUUGCAGUGCUCAUCUGCUCGUUCCCCCUUUGCAGUGCUCAUCUGCUCGUUCCCCCUUUGCAGUGCUCAUCUGCUCGUUCCCCCUUUGCAGUGCUCAUCUGCUCGUUCCCCCUUUGCAGUGCUCAUCUGCUCGUUCCCCCUUUGCAGUGCUCAUCUGCUCGUUCCCCCUUUGCAGUGCUCAUCUGCUCGUUCCCCCUUUGCAGUGCUCAUCUGCUCGUUCCCCCUUUGCAGUGCUCAUCUGCUCGUUCCCCCUUUGCAGUGCUCAUCUGCUCGUUCCCCCUUUGCAGUGCUCAUCUGCUCGUUCCCCCUUUGCAGUGCUCAUCUGCUCGUUCCCCCUUUGCAGUGCUCAUCUGCUCGUUCCCCCUUUGCAGUGCUCAUCUGCUCGUUCCCCCUUUGCAGUGCUCAUCUGCUCGUUCCCCCUUUGCAGUGCUCAUCUGCUCGUUCCCCCUUUGCAGUGCUCAUCUGCUCGUUCCCCCUUUGCAGUGCUCAUCUGCUCGUUCCCCCUUUGCAGUGCUCAUCUGCUCGUUCCCCCUUUGCAGUGCUCAUCUGCUCGUUCCCCCUUUGCAGUGCUCAUCUGCUCGUUCCCCCUUUGCAGUGCUCAUCUGCUCGUUCCCCCUUUGCAGUGCUCAUCUGCUCGUUCCCCCUUUGCAGUGCUCAUCUGCUCGUUCCCCCUUUGCAGUGCUCAUCUGCUCGUUCCCCCUUUGCAGUGCUCAUCUGCUCGUUCCCCCUUUGCAGUGCUCAUCUGCUCGUUCCCCCUUUGCAGUGCUCAUCUGCUCGUUCCCCCUUUGCAGUGCUCAUCUGCUCGUUCCCCCUUUGCAGUGCUCAUCUGCUCGUUCCCCCUUUGCAGUGCUCAUCUGCUCGUUCCCCCUUUGCAGUGCUCAUCUGCUCGUUCCCCCUUUGCAGUGCUCAUCUGCUCGUUCCCCCUUUGCAGUGCUCAUCUGCUCGUUCCCCCUUUGCAGUGCUCAUCUGCUCGUUCCCCCUUUGCAGUGCUCAUCUGCUCGUUCCCCCUUUGCAGUGCUCAUCUGCUCGUUCCCCCUUUGCAGUGCUCAUCUGCUCGUUCCCCCUUUGCAGUGCUCAUCUGCUCGUUCCCCCUUUGCAGUGCUCAUCUGCUCGUUCCCCCUUUGCAGUGCUCAUCUGCUCGUUCCCCCUUUGCAGUGCUCAUCUGCUCGUUCCCCCUUUGCAGUGCUCAUCUGCUCGUUCCCCCUUUGCAGUGCUCAUCUGCUCGUUCCCCCUUUGCAGUGCUCAUCUGCUCGUUCCCCCUUUGCAGUGCUCAUCUGCUCGUUCCCCCUUUGCAGUGCUCAUCUGCUCGUUCCCCCUUUGCAGUGCUCAUCUGCUCGUUCCCCCUUUGCAGUGCUCAUCUGCUCGUUCCCCCUUUGCAGUGCUCAUCUGCUCGUUCCCCCUUUGCAGUGCUCAUCUGCUCGUUCCCCCUUUGCAGUGCUCAUCUGCUCGUUCCCCCUUUGCAGUGCUCAUCUGCUCGUUCCCCCUUUGCAGUGCUCAUCUGCUCGUUCCCCCUUUGCAGUGCUCAUCUGCUCGUUCCCCCUUUGCAGUGCUCAUCUGCUCGUUCCCCCUUUGCAGUGCUCAUCUGCUCGUUCCCCCUUUGCAGUGCUCAUCUGCUCGUUCCCCCUUUGCAGUGCUCAUCUGCUCGUUCCCCCUUUGCAGUGCUCAUCUGCUCGUUCCCCCUUUGCAGUGCUCAUCUGCUCGUUCCCCCUUUGCAGUGCUCAUCUGCUCGUUCCCCCUUUGCAGUGCUCAUCUGCUCGUUCCCCCUUUGCAGUGCUCAUCUGCUCGUUCCCCCUUUGCAGUGCUCAUCUGCUCGUUCCCCCUUUGCAGUGCUCAUCUGCUCGUUCCCCCUUUGCAGUGCUCAUCUGCUCGUUCCCCCUUUGCAGUGCUCAUCUGCUCGUUCCCCCUUUGCAGUGCUCAUCUGCUCGUUCCCCCUUUGCAGUGCUCAUCUGCUCGUUCCCCCUUUGCAGUGCUCAUCUGCUCGUUCCCCCUUUGCAGUGCUCAUCUGCUCGUUCCCCCUUUGCAGUGCUCAUCUGCUCGUUCCCCCUUUGCAGUGCUCAUCUGCUCGUUCCCCCUUUGCAGUGCUCAUCUGCUCGUUCCCCCUUUGCAGUGCUCAUCUGCUCGUUCCCCCUUUGCAGUGCUCAUCUGCUCGUUCCCCCUUUGCAGUGCUCAUCUGCUCGUUCCCCCUUUGCAGUGCUCAUCUGCUCGUUCCCCCUUUGCAGUGCUCAUCUGCUCGUUCCCCCUUUGCAGUGCUCAUCUGCUCGUUCCCCCUUUGCAGUGCUCAUCUGCUCGUUCCCCCUUUGCAGUGCUCAUCUGCUCGUUCCCCCUUUGCAGUGCUCAUCUGCUCGUUCCCCCUUUGCAGUGCUCAUCUGCUCGUUCCCCCUUUGCAGUGCUCAUCUGCUCGUUCCCCCUUUGCAGUGCUCAUCUGCUCGUUCCCCCUUUGCAGUGCUCAUCUGCUCGUUCCCCCUUUGCAGUGCUCAUCUGCUCGUUCCCCCUUUGCAGUGCUCAUCUGCUCGUUCCCCCUUUGCAGUGCUCAUCUGCUCGUUCCCCCUUUGCAGUGCUCAUCUGCUCGUUCCCCCUUUGCAGUGCUCAUCUGCUCGUUCCCCCUUUGCAGUGCUCAUCUGCUCGUUCCCCCUUUGCAGUGCUCAUCUGCUCGUUCCCCCUUUGCAGUGCUCAUCUGCUCGUUCCCCCUUUGCAGUGCUCAUCUGCUCGUUCCCCCUUUGCAGUGCUCAUCUGCUCGUUCCCCCUUUGCAGUGCUCAUCUGCUCGUUCCCCCUUUGCAGUGCUCAUCUGCUCGUUCCCCCUUUGCAGUGCUCAUCUGCUCGUUCCCCCUUUGCAGUGCUCAUCUGCUCGUUCCCCCUUUGCAGUGCUCAUCUGCUCGUUCCCCCUUUGCAGUGCUCAUCUGCUCGUUCCCCCUUUGCAGUGCUCAUCUGCUCGUUCCCCCUUUGCAGUGCUCAUCUGCUCGUUCCCCCUUUGCAGUGCUCAUCUGCUCGUUCCCCCUUUGCAGUGCUCAUCUGCUCGUUCCCCCUUUGCAGUGCUCAUCUGCUCGUUCCCCCUUUGCAGUGCUCAUCUGCUCGUUCCCCCUUUGCAGUGCUCAUCUGCUCGUUCCCCCUUUGCAGUGCUCAUCUGCUCGUUCCCCCUUUGCAGUGCUCAUCUGCUCGUUCCCCCUUUGCAGUGCUCAUCUGCUCGUUCCCCCUUUGCAGUGCUCAUCUGCUCGUUCCCCCUUUGCAGUGCUCAUCUGCUCGUUCCCCCUUUGCAGUGCUCAUCUGCUCGUUCCCCCUUUGCAGUGCUCAUCUGCUCGUUCCCCCUUUGCAGUGCUCAUCUGCUCGUUCCCCCUUUGCAGUGCUCAUCUGCUCGUUCCCCCUUUGCAGUGCUCAUCUGCUCGUUCCCCCUUUGCAGUGCUCAUCUGCUCGUUCCCCCUUUGCAGUGCUCAUCUGCUCGUUCCCCCUUUGCAGUGCUCAUCUGCUCGUUCCCCCUUUGCAGUGCUCAUCUGCUCGUUCCCCCUUUGCAGUGCUCAUCUGCUCGUUCCCCCUUUGCAGUGCUCAUCUGCUCGUUCCCCCUUUGCAGUGCUCAUCUGCUCGUUCCCCCUUUGCAGUGCUCAUCUGCUCGUUCCCCCUUUGCAGUGCUCAUCUGCUCGUUCCCCCUUUGCAGUGCUCAUCUGCUCGUUCCCCCUUUGCAGUGCUCAUCUGCUCGUUCCCCCUUUGCAGUGCUCAUCUGCUCGUUCCCCCUUUGCAGUGCUCAUCUGCUCGUUCCCCCUUUGCAGUGCUCAUCUGCUCGUUCCCCCUUUGCAGUGCUCAUCUGCUCGUUCCCCCUUUGCAGUGCUCAUCUGCUCGUUCCCCCUUUGCAGUGCUCAUCUGCUCGUUCCCCCUUUGCAGUGCUCAUCUGCUCGUUCCCCCUUUGCAGUGCUCAUCUGCUCGUUCCCCCUUUGCAGUGCUCAUCUGCUCGUUCCCCCUUUGCAGUGCUCAUCUGCUCGUUCCCCCUUUGCAGUGCUCAUCUGCUCGUUCCCCCUUUGCAGUGCUCAUCUGCUCGUUCCCCCUUUGCAGUGCUCAUCUGCUCGUUCCCCCUUUGCAGUGCUCAUCUGCUCGUUCCCCCUUUGCAGUGCUCAUCUGCUCGUUCCCCCUUUGCAGUGCUCAUCUGCUCGUUCCCCCUUUGCAGUGCUCAUCUGCUCGUUCCCCCUUUGCAGUGCUCAUCUGCUCGUUCCCCCUUUGCAGUGCUCAUCUGCUCGUUCCCCCUUUGCAGUGCUCAUCUGCUCGUUCCCCCUUUGCAGUGCUCAUCUGCUCGUUCCCCCUUUGCAGUGCUCAUCUGCUCGUUCCCCCUUUGCAGUGCUCAUCUGCUCGUUCCCCCUUUGCAGUGCUCAUCUGCUCGUUCCCCCUUUGCAGUGCUCAUCUGCUCGUUCCCCCUUUGCAGUGCUCAUCUGCUCGUUCCCCCUUUGCAGUGCUCAUCUGCUCGUUCCCCCUUUGCAGUGCUCAUCUGCUCGUUCCCCCUUUGCAGUGCUCAUCUGCUCGUUCCCCCUUUGCAGUGCUCAUCUGCUCGUUCCCCCUUUGCAGUGCUCAUCUGCUCGUUCCCCCUUUGCAGUGCUCAUCUGCUCGUUCCCCCUUUGCAGUGCUCAUCUGCUCGUUCCCCCUUUGCAGUGCUCAUCUGCUCGUUCCCCCUUUGCAGUGCUCAUCUGCUCGUUCCCCCUUUGCAGUGCUCAUCUGCUCGUUCCCCCUUUGCAGUGCUCAUCUGCUCGUUCCCCCUUUGCAGUGCUCAUCUGCUCGUUCCCCCUUUGCAGUGCUCAUCUGCUCGUUCCCCCUUUGCAGUGCUCAUCUGCUCGUUCCCCCUUUGCAGUGCUCAUCUGCUCGUUCCCCCUUUGCAGUGCUCAUCUGCUCGUUCCCCCUUUGCAGUGCUCAUCUGCUCGUUCCCCCUUUGCAGUGCUCAUCUGCUCGUUCCCCCUUUGCAGUGCUCAUCUGCUCGUUCCCCCUUUGCAGUGCUCAUCUGCUCGUUCCCCCUUUGCAGUGCUCAUCUGCUCGUUCCCCCUUUGCAGUGCUCAUCUGCUCGUUCCCCCUUUGCAGUGCUCAUCUGCUCGUUCCCCCUUUGCAGUGCUCAUCUGCUCGUUCCCCCUUUGCAGUGCUCAUCUGCUCGUUCCCCCUUUGCAGUGCUCAUCUGCUCGUUCCCCCUUUGCAGUGCUCAUCUGCUCGUUCCCCCUUUGCAGUGCUCAUCUGCUCGUUCCCCCUUUGCAGUGCUCAUCUGCUCGUUCCCCCUUUGCAGUGCUCAUCUGCUCGUUCCCCCUUUGCAGUGCUCAUCUGCUCGUUCCCCCUUUGCAGUGCUCAUCUGCUCGUUCCCCCUUUGCAGUGCUCAUCUGCUCGUUCCCCCUUUGCAGUGCUCAUCUGCUCGUUCCCCCUUUGCAGUGCUCAUCUGCUCGUUCCCCCUUUGCAGUGCUCAUCUGCUCGUUCCCCCUUUGCAGUGCUCAUCUGCUCGUUCCCCCUUUGCAGUGCUCAUCUGCUCGUUCCCCCUUUGCAGUGCUCAUCUGCUCGUUCCCCCUUUGCAGUGCUCAUCUGCUCGUUCCCCCUUUGCAGUGCUCAUCUGCUCGUUCCCCCUUUGCAGUGCUCAUCUGCUCGUUCCCCCUUUGCAGUGCUCAUCUGCUCGUUCCCCCUUUGCAGUGCUCAUCUGCUCGUUCCCCCUUUGCAGUGCUCAUCUGCUCGUUCCCCCUUUGCAGUGCUCAUCUGCUCGUUCCCCCUUUGCAGUGCUCAUCUGCUCGUUCCCCCUUUGCAGUGCUCAUCUGCUCGUUCCCCCUUUGCAGUGCUCAUCUGCUCGUUCCCCCUUUGCAGUGCUCAUCUGCUCGUUCCCCCUUUGCAGUGCUCAUCUGCUCGUUCCCCCUUUGCAGUGCUCAUCUGCUCGUUCCCCCUUUGCAGUGCUCAUCUGCUCGUUCCCCCUUUGCAGUGCUCAUCUGCUCGUUCCCCCUUUGCAGUGCUCAUCUGCUCGUUCCCCCUUUGCAGUGCUCAUCUGCUCGUUCCCCCUUUGCAGUGCUCAUCUGCUCGUUCCCCCUUUGCAGUGCUCAUCUGCUCUGCUCAUCUGCUCGUUCCCCCUUUGCAGUGCUCAUCUGCUCGUUCCCCCUUUGCAGUGCUCAUCUGCUCGUUCCCCCUUUGCAGUGCUCAUCUGCUCGUUCCCCCUUUGCAGUGCUCAUCUGCUCGUUCCCCCUUUGCAGUGCUCAUCUGCUCGUUCCCCCUUUGCAGUGCUCAUCUGCUCGUUCCCCCUUUGCAGUGCUCAUCUGCUCGUUCCCCCUUUGCAGUGCUCAUCUGCUCGUUCCCCCUUUGCAGUGCUCAUCUGCUCGUUCCCCCUUUGCAGUGCUCAUCUGCUCGUUCCCCCUUUGCAGUGCUCAUCUGCUCGUUCCCCCUUUGCAGUGCUCAUCUGCUCGUUCCCCCUUUGCAGUGCUCAUCUGCUCGUUCCCCCUUUGCAGUGCUCAUCUGCUCGUUCCCCCUUUGCAGUGCUCAUCUGCUCGUUCCCCCUUUGCAGUGCUCAUCUGCUCGUUCCCCCUUUGCAGUGCUCAUCUGCUCGUUCCCCCUUUGCAGUGCUCAUCUGCUCGUUCCCCCUUUGCAGUGCUCAUCUGCUCGUUCCCCCUUUGCAGUGCUCAUCUGCUCGUUCCCCCUUUGCAGUGCUCAUCUGCUCGUUCCCCCUUUGCAGUGCUCAUCUGCUCGUUCCCCCUUUGCAGUGCUCAUCUGCUCGUUCCCCCUUUGCAGUGCUCAUCUGCUCGUUCCCCCUUUGCAGUGCUCAUCUGCUCGUUCCCCCUUUGCAGUGCUCAUCUGCUCGUUCCCCCUUUGCAGUGCUCAUCUGCUCGUUCCCCCUUUGCAGUGCUCAUCUGCUCGUUCCCCCUUUGCAGUGCUCAUCUGCUCGUUCCCCCUUUGCAGUGCUCAUCUGCUCGUUCCCCCUUUGCAGUGCUCAUCUGCUCGUUCCCCCUUUGCAGUGCUCAUCUGCUCGUUCCCCCUUUGCAGUGCUCAUCUGCUCGUUCCCCCUUUGCAGUGCUCAUCUGCUCGUUCCCCCUUUGCAGUGCUCAUCUGCUCGUUCCCCCUUUGCAGUGCUCAUCUGCUCGUUCCCCCUUUGCAGUGCUCAUCUGCUCGUUCCCCCUUUGCAGUGCUCAUCUGCUCGUUCCCCCUUUGCAGUGCUCAUCUGCUCGUUCCCCCUUUGCAGUGCUCAUCUGCUCGUUCCCCCUUUGCAGUGCUCAUCUGCUCGUUCCCCCUUUGCAGUGCUCAUCUGCUCGUUCCCCCUUUGCAGUGCUCAUCUGCUCGUUCCCCCUUUGCAGUGCUCAUCUGCUCGUUCCCCCUUUGCAGUGCUCAUCUGCUCGUUCCCCCUUUGCAGUGCUCAUCUGCUCGUUCCCCCUUUGCAGUGCUCAUCUGCUCGUUCCCCCUUUGCAGUGCUCAUCUGCUCGUUCCCCCUUUGCAGUGCUCAUCUGCUCGUUCCCCCUUUGCAGUGCUCAUCUGCUCGUUCCCCCUUUGCAGUGCUCAUCUGCUCGUUCCCCCUUUGCAGUGCUCAUCUGCUCGUUCCCCCUUUGCAGUGCUCAUCUGCUCGUUCCCCCUUUGCAGUGCUCAUCUGCUCGUUCCCCCUUUGCAGUGCUCAUCUGCUCGUUCCCCCUUUGCAGUGCUCAUCUGCUCGUUCCCCCUUUGCAGUGCUCAUCUGCUCGUUCCCCCUUUGCAGUGCUCAUCUGCUCGUUCCCCCUUUGCAGUGCUCAUCUGCUCGUUCCCCCUUUGCAGUGCUCAUCUGCUCGUUCCCCCUUUGCAGUGCUCAUCUGCUCGUUCCCCCUUUGCAGUGCUCAUCUGCUCGUUCCCCCUUUGCAGUGCUCAUCUGCUCGUUCCCCCUUUGCAGUGCUCAUCUGCUCGUUCCCCCUUUGCAGUGCUCAUCUGCUCGUUCCCCCUUUGCAGUGCUCAUCUGCUCGUUCCCCCUUUGCAGUGCUCAUCUGCUCGUUCCCCCUUUGCAGUGCUCAUCUGCUCGUUCCCCCUUUGCAGUGCUCAUCUGCUCGUUCCCCCUUUGCAGUGCUCAUCUGCUCGUUCCCCCUUUGCAGUGCUCAUCUGCUCGUUCCCCCUUUGCAGUGCUCAUCUGCUCGUUCCCCCUUUGCAGUGCUCAUCUGCUCGUUCCCCCUUUGCAGUGCUCAUCUGCUCGUUCCCCCUUUGCAGUGCUCAUCUGCUCGUUCCCCCUUUGCAGUGCUCAUCUGCUCGUUCCCCCUUUGCAGUGCUCAUCUGCUCGUUCCCCCUUUGCAGUGCUCAUCUGCUCGUUCCCCCUUUGCAGUGCUCAUCUGCUCGUUCCCCCUUUGCAGUGCUCAUCUGCUCGUUCCCCCUUUGCAGUGCUCAUCUGCUCGUUCCCCCUUUGCAGUGCUCAUCUGCUCGUUCCCCCUUUGCAGUGCUCAUCUGCUCGUUCCCCCUUUGCAGUGCUCAUCUGCUCGUUCCCCCUUUGCAGUGCUCAUCUGCUCGUUCCCCCUUUGCAGUGCUCAUCUGCUCGUUCCCCCUUUGCAGUGCUCAUCUGCUCGUUCCCCCUUUGCAGUGCUCAUCUGCUCGUUCCCCCUUUGCAGUGCUCAUCUGCUCGUUCCCCCUUUGCAGUGCUCAUCUGCUCGUUCCCCCUUUGCAGUGCUCAUCUGCUCGUUCCCCCUUUGCAGUGCUCAUCUGCUCGUUCCCCCUUUGCAGUGCUCAUCUGCUCGUUCCCCCUUUGCAGUGCUCAUCUGCUCGUUCCCCCUUUGCAGUGCUCAUCUGCUCGUUCCCCCUUUGCAGUGCUCAUCUGCUCGUUCCCCCUUUGCAGUGCUCAUCUGCUCGUUCCCCCUUUGCAGUGCUCAUCUGCUCGUUCCCCCUUUGCAGUGCUCAUCUGCUCGUUCCCCCUUUGCAGUGCUCAUCUGCUCGUUCCCCCUUUGCAGUGCUCAUCUGCUCGUUCCCCCUUUGCAGUGCUCAUCUGCUCGUUCCCCCUUUGCAGUGCUCAUCUGCUCGUUCCCCCUUUGCAGUGCUCAUCUGCUCGUUCCCCCUUUGCAGUGCUCAUCUGCUCGUUCCCCCUUUGCAGUGCUCAUCUGCUCGUUCCCCCUUUGCAGUGCUCAUCUGCUCGUUCCCCCUUUGCAGUGCUCAUCUGCUCGUUCCCCCUUUGCAGUGCUCAUCUGCUCGUUCCCCCUUUGCAGUGCUCAUCUGCUCGUUCCCCCUUUGCAGUGCUCAUCUGCUCGUUCCCCCUUUGCAGUGCUCAUCUGCUCGUUCCCCCUUUGCAGUGCUCAUCUGCUCGUUCCCCCUUUGCAGUGCUCAUCUGCUCGUUCCCCCUUUGCAGUGCUCAUCUGCUCGUUCCCCCUUUGCAGUGCUCAUCUGCUCGUUCCCCCUUUGCAGUGCUCAUCUGCUCGUUCCCCCUUUGCAGUGCUCAUCUGCUCGUUCCCCCUUUGCAGUGCUCAUCUGCUCGUUCCCCCUUUGCAGUGCUCAUCUGCUCGUUCCCCCUUUGCAGUGCUCAUCUGCUCGUUCCCCCUUUGCAGUGCUCAUCUGCUCGUUCCCCCUUUGCAGUGCUCAUCUGCUCGUUCCCCCUUUGCAGUGCUCAUCUGCUCGUUCCCCCUUUGCAGUGCUCAUCUGCUCGUUCCCCCUUUGCAGUGCUCAUCUGCUCGUUCCCCCUUUGCAGUGCUCAUCUGCUCGUUCCCCCUUUGCAGUGCUCAUCUGCUCGUUCCCCCUUUGCAGUGCUCAUCUGCUCGUUCCCCCUUUGCAGUGCUCAUCUGCUCGUUCCCCCUUUGCAGUGCUCAUCUGCUCGUUCCCCCUUUGCAGUGCUCAUCUGCUCGUUCCCCCUUUGCAGUGCUCAUCUGCUCGUUCCCCCUUUGCAGUGCUCAUCUGCUCGUUCCCCCUUUGCAGUGCUCAUCUGCUCGUUCCCCCUUUGCAGUGCUCAUCUGCUCGUUCCCCCUUUGCAGUGCUCAUCUGCUCGUUCCCCCUUUGCAGUGCUCAUCUGCUCGUUCCCCCUUUGCAGUGCUCAUCUGCUCGUUCCCCCUUUGCAGUGCUCAUCUGCUCGUUCCCCCUUUGCAGUGCUCAUCUGCUCGUUCCCCCUUUGCAGUGCUCAUCUGCUCGUUCCCCCUUUGCAGUGCUCAUCUGCUCGUUCCCCCUUUGCAGUGCUCAUCUGCUCGUUCCCCCUUUGCAGUGCUCAUCUGCUCGUUCCCCCUUUGCAGUGCUCAUCUGCUCGUUCCCCCUUUGCAGUGCUCAUCUGCUCGUUCCCCCUUUGCAGUGCUCAUCUGCUCGUUCCCCCUUUGCAGUGCUCAUCUGCUCGUUCCCCCUUUGCAGUGCUCAUCUGCUCGUUCCCCCUUUGCAGUGCUCAUCUGCUCGUUCCCCCUUUGCAGUGCUCAUCUGCUCGUUCCCCCUUUGCAGUGCUCAUCUGCUCGUUCCCCCUUUGCAGUGCUCAUCUGCUCGUUCCCCCUUUGCAGUGCUCAUCUGCUCGUUCCCCCUUUGCAGUGCUCAUCUGCUCGUUCCCCCUUUGCAGUGCUCAUCUGCUCGUUCCCCCUUUGCAGUGCUCAUCUGCUCGUUCCCCCUUUGCAGUGCUCAUCUGCUCGUUCCCCCUUUGCAGUGCUCAUCUGCUCGUUCCCCCUUUGCAGUGCUCAUCUGCUCGUUCCCCCUUUGCAGUGCUCAUCUGCUCGUUCCCCCUUUGCAGUGCUCAUCUGCUCGUUCCCCCUUUGCAGUGCUCAUCUGCUCGUUCCCCCUUUGCAGUGCUCAUCUGCUCGUUCCCCCUUUGCAGUGCUCAUCUGCUCGUUCCCCCUUUGCAGUGCUCAUCUGCUCGUUCCCCCUUUGCAGUGCUCAUCUGCUCGUUCCCCCUUUGCAGUGCUCAUCUGCUCGUUCCCCCUUUGCAGUGCUCAUCUGCUCGUUCCCCCUUUGCAGUGCUCAUCUGCUCGUUCCCCCUUUGCAGUGCUCAUCUGCUCGUUCCCCCUUUGCAGUGCUCAUCUGCUCGUUCCCCCUUUGCAGUGCUCAUCUGCUCGUUCCCCCUUUGCAGUGCUCAUCUGCUCGUUCCCCCUUUGCAGUGCUCAUCUGCUCGUUCCCCCUUUGCAGUGCUCAUCUGCUCGUUCCCCCUUUGCAGUGCUCAUCUGCUCGUUCCCCCUUUGCAGUGCUCAUCUGCUCGUUCCCCCUUUGCAGUGCUCAUCUGCUCGUUCCCCCUUUGCAGUGCUCAUCUGCUCGUUCCCCCUUUGCAGUGCUCAUCUGCUCGUUCCCCCUUUGCAGUGCUCAUCUGCUCGUUCCCCCUUUGCAGUGCUCAUCUGCUCGUUCCCCCUUUGCAGUGCUCAUCUGCUCGUUCCCCCUUUGCAGUGCUCAUCUGCUCGUUCCCCCUUUGCAGUGCUCAUCUGCUCGUUCCCCCUUUGCAGUGCUCAUCUGCUCGUUCCCCCUUUGCAGUGCUCAUCUGCUCGUUCCCCCUUUGCAGUGCUCAUCUGCUCGUUCCCCCUUUGCAGUGCUCAUCUGCUCGUUCCCCCUUUGCAGUGCUCAUCUGCUCGUUCCCCCUUUGCAGUGCUCAUCUGCUCGUUCCCCCUUUGCAGUGCUCAUCUGCUCGUUCCCCCUUUGCAGUGCUCAUCUGCUCGUUCCCCCUUUGCAGUGCUCAUCUGCUCGUUCCCCCUUUGCAGUGCUCAUCUGCUCGUUCCCCCUUUGCAGUGCUCAUCUGCUCGUUCCCCCUUUGCAGUGCUCAUCUGCUCGUUCCCCCUUUGCAGUGCUCAUCUGCUCGUUCCCCCUUUGCAGUGCUCAUCUGCUCGUUCCCCCUUUGCAGUGCUCAUCUGCUCGUUCCCCCUUUGCAGUGCUCAUCUGCUCGUUCCCCCUUUGCAGUGCUCAUCUGCUCGUUCCCCCUUUGCAGUGCUCAUCUGCUCGUUCCCCCUUUGCAGUGCUCAUCUGCUCGUUCCCCCUUUGCAGUGCUCAUCUGCUCGUUCCCCCUUUGCAGUGCUCAUCUGCUCGUUCCCCCUUUGCAGUGCUCAUCUGCUCGUUCCCCCUUUGCAGUGCUCAUCUGCUCGUUCCCCCUUUGCAGUGCUCAUCUGCUCGUUCCCCCUUUGCAGUGCUCAUCUGCUCGUUCCCCCUUUGCAGUGCUCAUCUGCUCGUUCCCCCUUUGCAGUGCUCAUCUGCUCGUUCCCCCUUUGCAGUGCUCAUCUGCUCGUUCCCCCUUUGCAGUGCUCAUCUGCUCGUUCCCCCUUUGCAGUGCUCAUCUGCUCGUUCCCCCUUUGCAGUGCUCAUCUGCUCGUUCCCCCUUUGCAGUGCUCAUCUGCUCGUUCCCCCUUUGCAGUGCUCAUCUGCUCGUUCCCCCUUUGCAGUGCUCAUCUGCUCGUUCCCCCUUUGCAGUGCUCAUCUGCUCGUUCCCCCUUUGCAGUGCUCAUCUGCUCGUUCCCCCUUUGCAGUGCUCAUCUGCUCGUUCCCCCUUUGCAGUGCUCAUCUGCUCGUUCCCCCUUUGCAGUGCUCAUCUGCUCGUUCCCCCUUUGCAGUGCUCAUCUGCUCGUUCCCCCUUUGCAGUGCUCAUCUGCUCGUUCCCCCUUUGCAGUGCUCAUCUGCUCGUUCCCCCUUUGCAGUGCUCAUCUGCUCGUUCCCCCUUUGCAGUGCUCAUCUGCUCGUUCCCCCUUUGCAGUGCUCAUCUGCUCGUUCCCCCUUUGCAGUGCUCAUCUGCUCGUUCCCCCUUUGCAGUGCUCAUCUGCUCGUUCCCCCUUUGCAGUGCUCAUCUGCUCGUUCCCCCUUUGCAGUGCUCAUCUGCUCGUUCCCCCUUUGCAGUGCUCAUCUGCUCGUUCCCCCUUUGCAGUGCUCAUCUGCUCGUUCCCCCUUUGCAGUGCUCAUCUGCUCGUUCCCCCUUUGCAGUGCUCAUCUGCUCGUUCCCCCUUUGCAGUGCUCAUCUGCUCGUUCCCCCUUUGCAGUGCUCAUCUGCUCGUUCCCCCUUUGCAGUGCUCAUCUGCUCGUUCCCCCUUUGCAGUGCUCAUCUGCUCGUUCCCCCUUUGCAGUGCUCAUCUGCUCGUUCCCCCUUUGCAGUGCUCAUCUGCUCGUUCCCCCUUUGCAGUGCUCAUCUGCUCGUUCCCCCUUUGCAGUGCUCAUCUGCUCGUUCCCCCUUUGCAGUGCUCAUCUGCUCGUUCCCCCUUUGCAGUGCUCAUCUGCUCGUUCCCCCUUUGCAGUGCUCAUCUGCUCGUUCCCCCUUUGCAGUGCUCAUCUGCUCGUUCCCCCUUUGCAGUGCUCAUCUGCUCGUUCCCCCUUUGCAGUGCUCAUCUGCUCGUUCCCCCUUUGCAGUGCUCAUCUGCUCGUUCCCCCUUUGCAGUGCUCAUCUGCUCGUUCCCCCUUUGCAGUGCUCAUCUGCUCGUUCCCCCUUUGCAGUGCUCAUCUGCUCGUUCCCCCUUUGCAGUGCUCAUCUGCUCGUUCCCCCUUUGCAGUGCUCAUCUGCUCGUUCCCCCUUUGCAGUGCUCAUCUGCUCGUUCCCCCUUUGCAGUGCUCAUCUGCUCGUUCCCCCUUUGCAGUGCUCAUCUGCUCGUUCCCCCUUUGCAGUGCUCAUCUGCUCGUUCCCCCUUUGCAGUGCUCAUCUGCUCGUUCCCCCUUUGCAGUGCUCAUCUGCUCGUUCCCCCUUUGCAGUGCUCAUCUGCUCGUUCCCCCUUUGCAGUGCUCAUCUGCUCGUUCCCCCUUUGCAGUGCUCAUCUGCUCGUUCCCCCUUUGCAGUGCUCAUCUGCUCGUUCCCCCUUUGCAGUGCUCAUCUGCUCGUUCCCCCUUUGCAGUGCUCAUCUGCUCGUUCCCCCUUUGCAGUGCUCAUCUGCUCGUUCCCCCUUUGCAGUGCUCAUCUGCUCGUUCCCCCUUUGCAGUGCUCAUCUGCUCGUUCCCCCUUUGCAGUGCUCAUCUGCUCGUUCCCCCUUUGCAGUGCUCAUCUGCUCGUUCCCCCUUUGCAGUGCUCAUCUGCUCGUUCCCCCUUUGCAGUGCUCAUCUGCUCGUUCCCCCUUUGCAGUGCUCAUCUGCUCGUUCCCCCUUUGCAGUGCUCAUCUGCUCGUUCCCCCUUUGCAGUGCUCAUCUGCUCGUUCCCCCUUUGCAGUGCUCAUCUGCUCGUUCCCCCUUUGCAGUGCUCAUCUGCUCGUUCCCCCUUUGCAGUGCUCAUCUGCUCGUUCCCCCUUUGCAGUGCUCAUCUGCUCGUUCCCCCUUUGCAGUGCUCAUCUGCUCGUUCCCCCUUUGCAGUGCUCAUCUGCUCGUUCCCCCUUUGCAGUGCUCAUCUGCUCGUUCCCCCUUUGCAGUGCUCAUCUGCUCGUUCCCCCUUUGCAGUGCUCAUCUGCUCGUUCCCCCUUUGCAGUGCUCAUCUGCUCGUUCCCCCUUUGCAGUGCUCAUCUGCUCGUUCCCCCUUUGCAGUGCUCAUCUGCUCGUUCCCCCUUUGCAGUGCUCAUCUGCUCGUUCCCCCUUUGCAGUGCUCAUCUGCUCGUUCCCCCUUUGCAGUGCUCAUCUGCUCGUUCCCCCUUUGCAGUGCUCAUCUGCUCGUUCCCCCUUUGCAGUGCUCAUCUGCUCGUUCCCCCUUUGCAGUGCUCAUCUGCUCGUUCCCCCUUUGCAGUGCUCAUCUGCUCGUUCCCCCUUUGCAGUGCUCAUCUGCUCGUUCCCCCUUUGCAGUGCUCAUCUGCUCGUUCCCCCUUUGCAGUGCUCAUCUGCUCGUUCCCCCUUUGCAGUGCUCAUCUGCUCGUUCCCCCUUUGCAGUGCUCAUCUGCUCGUUCCCCCUUUGCAGUGCUCAUCUGCUCGUUCCCCCUUUGCAGUGCUCAUCUGCUCGUUCCCCCUUUGCAGUGCUCAUCUGCUCGUUCCCCCUUUGCAGUGCUCAUCUGCUCGUUCCCCCUUUGCAGUGCUCAUCUGCUCGUUCCCCCUUUGCAGUGCUCAUCUGCUCGUUCCCCCUUUGCAGUGCUCAUCUGCUCGUUCCCCCUUUGCAGUGCUCAUCUGCUCGUUCCCCCUUUGCAGUGCUCAUCUGCUCGUUCCCCCUUUGCAGUGCUCAUCUGCUCGUUCCCCCUUUGCAGUGCUCAUCUGCUCGUUCCCCCUUUGCAGUGCUCAUCUGCUCGUUCCCCCUUUGCAGUGCUCAUCUGCUCGUUCCCCCUUUGCAGUGCUCAUCUGCUCGUUCCCCCUUUGCAGUGCUCAUCUGCUCGUUCCCCCUUUGCAGUGCUCAUCUGCUCGUUCCCCCUUUGCAGUGCUCAUCUGCUCGUUCCCCCUUUGCAGUGCUCAUCUGCUCGUUCCCCCUUUGCAGUGCUCAUCUGCUCGUUCCCCCUUUGCAGUGCUCAUCUGCUCGUUCCCCCUUUGCAGUGCUCAUCUGCUCGUUCCCCCUUUGCAGUGCUCAUCUGCUCGUUCCCCCUUUGCAGUGCUCAUCUGCUCGUUCCCCCUUUGCAGUGCUCAUCUGCUCGUUCCCCCUUUGCAGUGCUCAUCUGCUCGUUCCCCCUUUGCAGUGCUCAUCUGCUCGUUCCCCCUUUGCAGUGCUCAUCUGCUCGUUCCCCCUUUGCAGUGCUCAUCUGCUCGUUCCCCCUUUGCAGUGCUCAUCUGCUCGUUCCCCCUUUGCAGUGCUCAUCUGCUCGUUCCCCCUUUGCAGUGCUCAUCUGCUCGUUCCCCCUUUGCAGUGCUCAUCUGCUCGUUCCCCCUUUGCAGUGCUCAUCUGCUCGUUCCCCCUUUGCAGUGCUCAUCUGCUCGUUCCCCCUUUGCAGUGCUCAUCUGCUCGUUCCCCCUUUGCAGUGCUCAUCUGCUCGUUCCCCCUUUGCAGUGCUCAUCUGCUCGUUCCCCCUUUGCAGUGCUCAUCUGCUCGUUCCCCCUUUGCAGUGCUCAUCUGCUCGUUCCCCCUUUGCAGUGCUCAUCUGCUCGUUCCCCCUUUGCAGUGCUCAUCUGCUCGUUCCCCCUUUGCAGUGCUCAUCUGCUCGUUCCCCCUUUGCAGUGCUCAUCUGCUCGUUCCCCCUUUGCAGUGCUCAUCUGCUCGUUCCCCCUUUGCAGUGCUCAUCUGCUCGUUCCCCCUUUGCAGUGCUCAUCUGCUCGUUCCCCCUUUGCAGUGCUCAUCUGCUCGUUCCCCCUUUGCAGUGCUCAUCUGCUCGUUCCCCCUUUGCAGUGCUCAUCUGCUCGUUCCCCCUUUGCAGUGCUCAUCUGCUCGUUCCCCCUUUGCAGUGCUCAUCUGCUCGUUCCCCCUUUGCAGUGCUCAUCUGCUCGUUCCCCCUUUGCAGUGCUCAUCUGCUCGUUCCCCCUUUGCAGUGCUCAUCUGCUCGUUCCCCCUUUGCAGUGCUCAUCUGCUCGUUCCCCCUUUGCAGUGCUCAUCUGCUCGUUCCCCCUUUGCAGUGCUCAUCUGCUCGUUCCCCCUUUGCAGUGCUCAUCUGCUCGUUCCCCCUUUGCAGUGCUCAUCUGCUCGUUCCCCCUUUGCAGUGCUCAUCUGCUCGUUCCCCCUUUGCAGUGCUCAUCUGCUCGUUCCCCCUUUGCAGUGCUCAUCUGCUCGUUCCCCCUUUGCAGUGCUCAUCUGCUCGUUCCCCCUUUGCAGUGCUCAUCUGCUCGUUCCCCCUUUGCAGUGCUCAUCUGCUCGUUCCCCCUUUGCAGUGCUCAUCUGCUCGUUCCCCCUUUGCAGUGCUCAUCUGCUCGUUCCCCCUUUGCAGUGCUCAUCUGCUCGUUCCCCCUUUGCAGUGCUCAUCUGCUCGUUCCCCCUUUGCAGUGCUCAUCUGCUCGUUCCCCCUUUGCAGUGCUCAUCUGCUCGUUCCCCCUUUGCAGUGCUCAUCUGCUCGUUCCCCCUUUGCAGUGCUCAUCUGCUCGUUCCCCCUUUGCAGUGCUCAUCUGCUCGUUCCCCCUUUGCAGUGCUCAUCUGCUCGUUCCCCCUUUGCAGUGCUCAUCUGCUCGUUCCCCCUUUGCAGUGCUCAUCUGCUCGUUCCCCCUUUGCAGUGCUCAUCUGCUCGUUCCCCCUUUGCAGUGCUCAUCUGCUCGUUCCCCCUUUGCAGUGCUCAUCUGCUCGUUCCCCCUUUGCAGUGCUCAUCUGCUCGUUCCCCCUUUGCAGUGCUCAUCUGCUCGUUCCCCCUUUGCAGUGCUCAUCUGCUCGUUCCCCCUUUGCAGUGCUCAUCUGCUCGUUCCCCCUUUGCAGUGCUCAUCUGCUCGUUCCCCCUUUGCAGUGCUCAUCUGCUCGUUCCCCCUUUGCAGUGCUCAUCUGCUCGUUCCCCCUUUGCAGUGCUCAUCUGCUCGUUCCCCCUUUGCAGUGCUCAUCUGCUCGUUCCCCCUUUGCAGUGCUCAUCUGCUCGUUCCCCCUUUGCAGUGCUCAUCUGCUCGUUCCCCCUUUGCAGUGCUCAUCUGCUCGUUCCCCCUUUGCAGUGCUCAUCUGCUCGUUCCCCCUUUGCAGUGCUCAUCUGCUCGUUCCCCCUUUGCAGUGCUCAUCUGCUCGUUCCCCCUUUGCAGUGCUCAUCUGCUCGUUCCCCCUUUGCAGUGCUCAUCUGCUCGUUCCCCCUUUGCAGUGCUCAUCUGCUCGUUCCCCCUUUGCAGUGCUCAUCUGCUCGUUCCCCCUUUGCAGUGCUCAUCUGCUCGUUCCCCCUUUGCAGUGCUCAUCUGCUCGUUCCCCCUUUGCAGUGCUCAUCUGCUCGUUCCCCCUUUGCAGUGCUCAUCUGCUCGUUCCCCCUUUGCAGUGCUCAUCUGCUCGUUCCCCCUUUGCAGUGCUCAUCUGCUCGUUCCCCCUUUGCAGUGCUCAUCUGCUCGUUCCCCCUUUGCAGUGCUCAUCUGCUCGUUCCCCCUUUGCAGUGCUCAUCUGCUCGUUCCCCCUUUGCAGUGCUCAUCUGCUCGUUCCCCCUUUGCAGUGCUCAUCUGCUCGUUCCCCCUUUGCAGUGCUCAUCUGCUCGUUCCCCCUUUGCAGUGCUCAUCUGCUCGUUCCCCCUUUGCAGUGCUCAUCUGCUCGUUCCCCCUUUGCAGUGCUCAUCUGCUCGUUCCCCCUUUGCAGUGCUCAUCUGCUCGUUCCCCCUUUGCAGUGCUCAUCUGCUCGUUCCCCCUUUGCAGUGCUCAUCUGCUCGUUCCCCCUUUGCAGUGCUCAUCUGCUCGUUCCCCCUUUGCAGUGCUCAUCUGCUCGUUCCCCCUUUGCAGUGCUCAUCUGCUCGUUCCCCCUUUGCAGUGCUCAUCUGCUCGUUCCCCCUUUGCAGUGCUCAUCUGCUCGUUCCCCCUUUGCAGUGCUCAUCUGCUCGUUCCCCCUUUGCAGUGCUCAUCUGCUCGUUCCCCCUUUGCAGUGCUCAUCUGCUCGUUCCCCCUUUGCAGUGCUCAUCUGCUCGUUCCCCCUUUGCAGUGCUCAUCUGCUCGUUCCCCCUUUGCAGUGCUCAUCUGCUCGUUCCCCCUUUGCAGUGCUCAUCUGCUCGUUCCCCCUUUGCAGUGCUCAUCUGCUCGUUCCCCCUUUGCAGUGCUCAUCUGCUCGUUCCCCCUUUGCAGUGCUCAUCUGCUCGUUCCCCCUUUGCAGUGCUCAUCUGCUCGUUCCCCCUUUGCAGUGCUCAUCUGCUCGUUCCCCCUUUGCAGUGCUCAUCUGCUCGUUCCCCCUUUGCAGUGCUCAUCUGCUCGUUCCCCCUUUGCAGUGCUCAUCUGCUCGUUCCCCCUUUGCAGUGCUCAUCUGCUCGUUCCCCCUUUGCAGUGCUCAUCUGCUCGUUCCCCCUUUGCAGUGCUCAUCUGCUCGUUCCCCCUUUGCAGUGCUCAUCUGCUCGUUCCCCCUUUGCAGUGCUCAUCUGCUCGUUCCCCCUUUGCAGUGCUCAUCUGCUCGUUCCCCCUUUGCAGUGCUCAUCUGCUCGUUCCCCCUUUGCAGUGCUCAUCUGCUCGUUCCCCCUUUGCAGUGCUCAUCUGCUCGUUCCCCCUUUGCAGUGCUCAUCUGCUCGUUCCCCCUUUGCAGUGCUCAUCUGCUCGUUCCCCCUUUGCAGUGCUCAUCUGCUCGUUCCCCCUUUGCAGUGCUCAUCUGCUCGUUCCCCCUUUGCAGUGCUCAUCUGCUCGUUCCCCCUUUGCAGUGCUCAUCUGCUCGUUCCCCCUUUGCAGUGCUCAUCUGCUCGUUCCCCCUUUGCAGUGCUCAUCUGCUCGUUCCCCCUUUGCAGUGCUCAUCUGCUCGUUCCCCCUUUGCAGUGCUCAUCUGCUCGUUCCCCCUUUGCAGUGCUCAUCUGCUCGUUCCCCCUUUGCAGUGCUCAUCUGCUCGUUCCCCCUUUGCAGUGCUCAUCUGCUCGUUCCCCCUUUGCAGUGCUCAUCUGCUCGUUCCCCCUUUGCAGUGCUCAUCUGCUCGUUCCCCCUUUGCAGUGCUCAUCUGCUCGUUCCCCCUUUGCAGUGCUCAUCUGCUCGUUCCCCCUUUGCAGUGCUCAUCUGCUCGUUCCCCCUUUGCAGUGCUCAUCUGCUCGUUCCCCCUUUGCAGUGCUCAUCUGCUCGUUCCCCCUUUGCAGUGCUCAUCUGCUCGUUCCCCCUUUGCAGUGCUCAUCUGCUCGUUCCCCCUUUGCAGUGCUCAUCUGCUCGUUCCCCCUUUGCAGUGCUCAUCUGCUCGUUCCCCCUUUGCAGUGCUCAUCUGCUCGUUCCCCCUUUGCAGUGCUCAUCUGCUCGUUCCCCCUUUGCAGUGCUCAUCUGCUCGUUCCCCCUUUGCAGUGCUCAUCUGCUCGUUCCCCCUUUGCAGUGCUCAUCUGCUCGUUCCCCCUUUGCAGUGCUCAUCUGCUCGUUCCCCCUUUGCAGUGCUCAUCUGCUCGUUCCCCCUUUGCAGUGCUCAUCUGCUCGUUCCCCCUUUGCAGUGCUCAUCUGCUCGUUCCCCCUUUGCAGUGCUCAUCUGCUCGUUCCCCCUUUGCAGUGCUCAUCUGCUCGUUCCCCCUUUGCAGUGCUCAUCUGCUCGUUCCCCCUUUGCAGUGCUCAUCUGCUCGUUCCCCCUUUGCAGUGCUCAUCUGCUCGUUCCCCCUUUGCAGUGCUCAUCUGCUCGUUCCCCCUUUGCAGUGCUCAUCUGCUCGUUCCCCCUUUGCAGUGCUCAUCUGCUCGUUCCCCCUUUGCAGUGCUCAUCUGCUCGUUCCCCCUUUGCAGUGCUCAUCUGCUCGUUCCCCCUUUGCAGUGCUCAUCUGCUCGUUCCCCCUUUGCAGUGCUCAUCUGCUCGUUCCCCCUUUGCAGUGCUCAUCUGCUCGUUCCCCCUUUGCAGUGCUCAUCUGCUCGUUCCCCCUUUGCAGUGCUCAUCUGCUCGUUCCCCCUUUGCAGUGCUCAUCUGCUCGUUCCCCCUUUGCAGUGCUCAUCUGCUCGUUCCCCCUUUGCAGUGCUCAUCUGCUCGUUCCCCCUUUGCAGUGCUCAUCUGCUCGUUCCCCCUUUGCAGUGCUCAUCUGCUCGUUCCCCCUUUGCAGUGCUCAUCUGCUCGUUCCCCCUUUGCAGUGCUCAUCUGCUCGUUCCCCCUUUGCAGUGCUCAUCUGCUCGUUCCCCCUUUGCAGUGCUCAUCUGCUCGUUCCCCCUUUGCAGUGCUCAUCUGCUCGUUCCCCCUUUGCAGUGCUCAUCUGCUCGUUCCCCCUUUGCAGUGCUCAUCUGCUCGUUCCCCCUUUGCAGUGCUCAUCUGCUCGUUCCCCCUUUGCAGUGCUCAUCUGCUCGUUCCCCCUUUGCAGUGCUCAUCUGCUCGUUCCCCCUUUGCAGUGCUCAUCUGCUCGUUCCCCCUUUGCAGUGCUCAUCUGCUCACUCUUGCAUCCCCCGUGCCGUGCGCACACCCUCUCUCCCUUCUCUCAUUCCUCCCUUCCUACAGGCCACCACAGCACAGGCCUUCCCCUUUGCAGUGCUGGCGUUCGGCACGACGCUGCACGGAGGAACGGCGGUGGGGCUGGUGAAUCAGACCAAGAAGGUGUUCGCCCAGGAGCGCGUUUACAACCAGCACUUUGCAUUCCUCUACACGCUGGGCUACACCGUGGUUGAGAUCCCCUACCUGCUGCUCACCUCCCUCGCGCUCGUGUCCGUGGCAGCGCCACUGGCAGGGCUGGCGGUGGGCAGUGCAGGGGCGUUCUUUGCGUUCGGCCUGACGCAGUUCCUCGCCGCCCUCUCCGUGACCUACUUUGGCUUCCUGCUCUCCGUGGUCCUCCCCCAGCCCAAGUACGCGGCAGUGGUGAUCUCAUUCCUCAUCACAGCAUGGGUGGCGACGUGCGGCUUCUUCCUGCCCUACGCCUUCACCAAAAACUUCUUUCUCGCUGUGUACUGGACCAACCCCAUCCAGUACGCUCUGAACGGCCUCACAGCAACAUCCUACUACUGCAACACCUCUGCACCGGAGUGCACCCUUCCGGGCUGCCCCGGCACAGCCUGCGACAGCUGCCCAUGCAAGUGGUACCUCAACCCCAUCAGCGGCCCCGAGUAUCUGUGGAACUUCCUCGUGGCCACCAAGUCGGCGCGCAGUGCCGUGCACUGGGACUGGCUCUUCCUGAUUUGCUUCUGUGUGUUUUGCCGCAUCACUGCAUUUGCCGCCCUGCGCUUCCUGCGCCACAACCACCGUGCAUGA